GGCAUUUGUGAGGUUUACGCGAUGACAUCGGUGGUUCUUCGGUAACGAACGGUGUGUGCAGCCGUGUAUGUGUUGUAUGUACUUAUCAACUUUAUUACAUUUUUGCAAGUGAAAAACUUUAGAGAUGUCACGAUCGAAGGACAAAUUGAGUAAUGGCAGCUCUCGCCCAGACGUUUGGACGAGGGCCGUCACAGCGAAUUCCGAGUGGCCGGAUAAGGAAGAAUUCCUUGAUGUUAUUUACUGGGCUAGGCAGAUUAUUGGAAUUAUUGUUGGCAUUGCGUGGGGCCUAAUACCUUUAAAAGGAUUUUUAGGACUUUUGUUGUUCGUUCUUGUAAAUGCUGGUAGCUUAUAUUUGUACUUUAGUAGUUUUCAACAAGUUGAUGAGGAAGAAUUUGGCGGAGCAUGGGAGUUGAUGAAAGAAGGAUUUAUGACUUCAUUCGCUGGAUUCUUGGUUACAUGGAUAAUUAUAUACUCUGGUUUACAUUUUGACUGAUAAAGACUUUUUUCAUAUACCUAUUUAAUAAAGAAUGUAUAAAAAAA